AUGAUUAAUAAAUGUAAUGAACUCAGAUGCAAGGUACCUACAGGAAUCCUUAACUCUAACAACAAUAUCCUUACAGCAACGCAGAAUGAAUUGGUCUUGAACAGAAAAGGAUGCAUGAAUCCUACCUACGUCGAUUCCUUUCUUGGAAUAUUACGGCGCACCACCGAUAAUAAUAUUAAUCAGAAAACGAAUAAAAUAUUGAACGAUGAUUCGCAGGAUAUUAAACCGAGGUGCGACCAGUUUAUACGUGAAGAAUUGUAUCCCUCUUGGGCUGUAAGAAAUCGUAUUAUAGACUUUUGCGCUGCUGAAGCCGGCCUACUAAAGGAAAAACUGAUUACUGAAUAUGCACAUUUGAAUGCUGAAAUAGAACCAGCACCAAUAGUAGAUGCCAGAAUUGAUCCUUAUGCACCUAUGGAUCUGGAUAAUAGGGAGAAGAUAUUUUUCCAUGAUGUAAUGAGGUUAGAAGAGUGGGUGCGUAACCAAAGACAAAUAGAGCAAAUAGUAAAAUUAACAACUCUGAGAACCCUCGGUAAAGUAUGUGGUAAUAAUAUCGACUACAUCAAGGCCUUCGAAGAGUUCCGUUGUUCUUUAUAG